GCCGCGCCUCCACCAAGCGCGCAGGAAGUGACGUCACGGCGUCAACAUGCAAGAUGGCGACGCAUCACAGGCAGAAUGCAGCGGGGCGCAGGAAAGUGCAGGUGUCAUAUGUGAUCAGAGAUGAAGUGGAGAAAUAUAAUCGUAAUGGAGUCAACGCGCUACAGCUGGAUCCGGCUCUUAACCGUCUCUUCACCGCUGGACGAGACUCCAUCAUCAGAAUAUGGAGCGUUAACCAGCACAAGCAGGAUCCGUACAUCGCGUCAAUGGAGCAUCACACAGACUGGGUGAAUGAUAUCGUCCUCUGCUGUAAUGGAAAAACAUUGAUAUCAGCGUCCUCAGACACUACAGUGAAGGUUUGGAACGCACACAAGGGCUUCUGCAUGUCAACGCUGAGAACACACAAGGAUUAUGUGAAAGCGCUAGCGUAUGCUAAAGAUAAAGAGCUGGUGGCGUCCGCAGGGCUGGACCGUCAGAUCUUCCUGUGGGAUGUGAACACGCUCACGGCUCUAACGGCCUCUAAUAACACUGUCACCACGUCGUCUCUCAGCGGGAACAAAGACUCCAUCUACAGUUUGGCCAUGAAUCAGAUGGGGACUGUUAUCGUGUCUGGAUCCACUGAAAAGGUGCUGAGAGUGUGGGAUCCACGGACCUGUGCCAAACUGAUGAAGCUGAAGGGACACACGGACAAUGUGAAAUCCCUGCUGUUAAACAGAGACGGCACUCAGUGUCUUUCAGGAAGUUCAGACGGGACCAUUCGGCUCUGGUCACUGGGUCAGCAGAGGUGUAUCGCCACGUACCGCGUUCACGAUGAGGGCGUCUGGGCGCUGCAGGUCAAUGAAGCCUUCACGCACGUCUACUCCGGAGGUCGUGACCGUAAGAUAUACUGCACAGACCUUCGCAACCCGGACAUCCGUGUGCUCAUAUGUGAAGAGAAAGCACCCGUGUUGAAGAUGGAGUUGGACAGGUCAGCUGAACCACAUUCUGCCAUCUGGGUUUCCACCACCAAGUCUACAGUUAAUAAAUGGUCUCUGAAGGGGAUUCAUAAUUUCCGAGCGUCGGGGGAUUAUGACAAUGACUGCAGUACUCCACUGACACCACUGUGCACACAGCCUGAGCAUGUUAUUAAAGGUGGAGCCAGUAUAAUUCAGUGCCACAUUCUGAAUGACAAGAGACACAUUCUCACCAAAGACACCAAUAACAGCGUGGCAUACUGGGAUGUGCUGAAGGCGUGUAAAGUUGAAGACUUGGGCAAGACAGAGUUUGAUGAAGAAAUCAAAAAAAGAUUUAAGAUGGUUUAUGUGCCCAACUGGUUUUCAGUGGAUCUCAAAACAGGGAUGCUGACUAUAACAUUAGAUGAGAGCGACUGUUUCGCCGCCUGGGUUUCGGCUAAAGACGCGGGGUUCACGAGUCCUGACGGAUCAGACCCCAAACUGAAUCUGGGCGGUCUGCUGCUUCAGGCUCUGUUGGAGUUUUGGCCGCGCACACACAUCAACCCAAUGGAUGAGGACACAGAACUGAAUCAUGCCAGCGUGAACGGUGAACACGAGAGCAGGACACAGAAAGGUAACGGAUAUUUCCAGGUUCCAGCACACACGCCGGUCAUCUUCGGUGAGGCGGGAGGCAGAACGUUAUUCCGGCUGUUGUGUCGUGACUCGGGAGGUGAGACUGAGUCCAUGUUACUGAACGAGACCGUCCCGCAGUGGGUCAUCGACAUCACAGUGGACAAAAACAUGCCCAAAUUCAACAAAAUCCCCUUCUACCUCCAGCCUCACUCAUCAUCUGGAGCAAAGACAUUAAAGAAGGAUCGGCUGUCGGCCAGUGACAUGUUACAGGUGAGGAAGGUGAUGGAACACGUCUAUGAGAAGAUCAUUAAUCUGGACAGCGAGUCACAGACGGGCGGAUCGGCCGCAGAGAAACCCAGCGAGCAGAAGGAGGAGGAAGACGUCUCGGUUCUCGCAGAAGAGAAAAUCGAGCUGCUCUGUCAAGAUCAGAUUUUGGACCCCAACAUGGACCUGCGGACGGUGAAACAUUUCAUCUGGAAAAGUGGAGGUGACCUGACGCUUCACUACCGGCAGAAGUCCACGUGAGAUCGGCCCCCGUGCUGUCGCCAUGGAAACACCCAGCAGAUCCAUUCGUUACACUUCACAUUCAAAGCACACGCUCACCUGCACUUCCUGGUUCUGUCUGAUCAUCUUCCACUCACGGGCCGCUCGAUCACGCAUGUCCAUCAGGAUGGAAACGGGAAGGACACUGACGAAUGGAAGGGCGGUUUACAGAAACACGUCUCCCUGUUCUCUUGUUUUAUUUGCGUAUGGAAUAUGCCACCUGAACGCUUUCCAGUAAGACGUUUGUUAUUUUCCUAGCGUGAACUCGAUGGAUGCCAUAUAGUGGAUGUGUCAGACUGCUUGAUUUUUAUUCUCGUUUUACAUUCCAGUGAUGUGUUUGUUGCCAACGACAUUGUGCAAUCCUUCCCGCAGCAUGCUGGGAAAAUAGAAAGUCAAAAAGCGGAAGACUGCGUGCGGUCUGGAU